UGCGAAAGAGACACACGGAAAGAGACGAAGCUUUACUCAAUGUUGCCCCCCCUAUUCAAUAUGGCUGUCGUAUCUGCUCUUUUCAGUAACGCUCCGAUUGGAGAUUGACUCGACUCUGCAUGACUUGGUGCCUCUCUGUAUUGCUUGUUUCAUCGUGAUUUUUGUUAAUAAGUUGUUGUGCAUCUCCAAACAACCCUUAUUUCGUUUCUUAACCAGCCUCAUCUUAGGCAUUGCGUUGGGCCUUUACCCCUAAACAGCCAGCUGCCAACAGUCCGAAUUAAUCAACAAUUUCCAAUGGUUUGAGUAACGUUACACUUUUCGCUCUUUCUUCUUAAUGAACAAUGUGUGAAAACUGCGCCGAGCUGGUGGAGGUUUUAAAUGAAAUCUCGGAUGCAGAUAGCACUGAUGGCCUACAGCUGAAGAAGGAGCAUGCCUUAAGAGUCUUCAACUACAUAAGCUCAUGGACACAGAGGCAAUGUCUGUGCUGCUUCAAGGAGUACAAACACCUGGAGGUGUUCAACCAGCUGGUCUACGCCCUCAUCAACCUGGUCAUCGCCCAGGUGACCAGCCUACGGGACCGCCUCUGCACUGGCAGCGGCGUCAGAGGAGACGGCGGCGGCAGCAACAUCACCGGCGGUAACCCUGGCGGAGACGGGGCGGAGUCAGACUGGGGAGGCGGGGCUUGUAACCAACCCCGCCCCCAGGCCUCGCCCAUCGAGGACGAGCCGCUGAACGUGGAGAGGGACUCGGCGGAGGAGGACGGCGGCGGAUCGGAACCGCUCGGAAAGAACCAGAACCAGGAGCCGCAGGGGAGGUCGGAGAACCCCAGGCUCGGCGAGGGGUCGGUGGGGAGUGGCGGUGCGGAGAACCAGGACCCCUUUGGAUCCUGGACCACGGAGGACCGGGAGAAGCUGCUGCUGUGUGUCGCCAAGAUAUUUCAGAUCCAGUUCCCCCUCUACACCGCCUACAAACACAACACACACCCCACUAUAGAGGACAUUUCAGCUCAAGAAAGCAAUAUCCUGGGCUCCUUCUGCGACAUGAACGACGUGGAGGUGCCCCUGCACCUGCUGCGCUACGUGUGCCUGUUCUGUGGGAAGCACGGUCUGGCGCUGAUGAAGGACUGCUUCGAGGCGGGCACGCCAGAGUCCCUCCCUUUCCCCCUCGCCCACGCCUUCAUCACAAUCGUCUCCAACAUCAGAAUAUGGUUGCACAUUCCCGCUGUAAUGCAGCACAUCAUCCCUUUCCGCACACAUGUAAUCAGGUAUCUGUGCAAGCUGUCGGACCAGGAGCUGCGGCAGAGCGCGGCGCGCAACAUGGCCGACCUGAUGUGGAGCACGGUGAAGGAGCCGCUGGACAGCGCGCUGUGCUUCGACAAGGAGAGCCUGGACCUGGCCUUCAAGUACUUCAUGUCGCCCACGCUCACCAUGCGGCUCGCCGGCCUCAGCCAGAUCACGAAUCAGCUUCACGCCUUCAACGACGUCUGCAACAACGAGUCGCUGGUGUCGGACACAGAGACGUCAAUAGCCAAGGAGCUGGCCGACUGGCUUAUAAAUAACAAUGUAGUGGAACACAUAUUUGGACCAAAUUUGCACAUUGAGAUCAUCAAGCAGUGCCAAGUGAUCCUGAACUUUCUGGCUGCGGAGGGUCGUCUCAGCACCCAGCACGUGGACUGCAUCUGGGCCGGCGCUCAGCUGAAACACUGCAGCCGGUAUGUCCACGACCUGUUCCCCUCCCUCAUUAAGAACCUGGACCCAGUGCCUCUCAGGCAUGUGCUCAACCUGGUGUCUGGACUGCACCCCAGCGCACACACAGAACAGACUCUAUACUUGGCCUCCAUGCUGAUCAAGGCCCUGUGGAACAACGCCCUGGCAGCCAAGGCCCAGCUCUCUAAGCAGAGCUCCUUCGCAUCGCUGCUUAACACCAACCUCCCCAUGGGCAACAAGAAGGGAUCCCCUGCUGCAAGCCCUGAGAGCAGCGACAACAGCGACACGCACCACAGCGGCGGCAGCGACCUGGAGAUGGACGAGCAGAUCAUGAGCGGCAGCAAGAGAGGCCAGCAGAGGCUGUCUGACACAGAGGAGUCUCUGCAGGGCAGUUCAGACGAGACGGCCAACAGUGGUGAGGAGGGCAGCAGCGGGCCGGACAGCAGCAGCGGCCGCUCGGAGGCCUCCAGCAACGAGGAGGCGGGCUCCAGCCACGCCAGCCAAUCGGCCGGCAGCCCGGGCUCCGAGCUGCACUCGGACGACAUGGCCGACAGCGAGGCGCUCAAGGAGGAGGAAGAGGAGGAGGAGGAAGAGGAGGAGGAAGACGACGACGAAGAAGAUGACGACGACGACGAAGAGGACGAGGAGGAGGAGACAACGACGACUGUGGCAACAGCGGCGAGGCCCAGCGGUUUGGCGUCCGUGUCGUCGGUGGUCUCCGCGACGACGGACGGAGUGCCACAGAAGGAGACGCGAGAGGCCCCAGCCGCGGCGGUCGCGUCAACCUCGGCGGCGUCUUCGUCGGAACUGAGAAAGAGGAAGGCGGGCGAGCCGCUGGACGAGAUCCAGCCCCCGCCCGAGCGCCCUGGCAUGGGAGUGGGCAUCGGCGCGGCAACCACAAGCAGCAGUGGCCUGGCGUCCAUCUCGUCCUCCUCCGCUGCCACCACCGCUCUGCCCGGCCCUGCGCCACCCAAAACCAAACCCCUCCCCUUCACCUCUGACCCCUCCUCCUCCUCCUCCGCUGCUGCGUCCGUUUCCGUCAUGGCCGCCGCCGUGGCGUCCACUUCCUCCUCUUCCUCCUCUGCUGCUGCUGCGGUGGCCUCGUCCUCCAUGAGGAUGCUGGACCCCUGCACCUCCUCCUCUUCAUCCUCCUCCACGUGCUUGGAUCCCAUGGCUGAUCAUCAUCAUCAGCAGCAGCAACAACAACAACAACAGCAACAGCAACAACAACAACAACAGCAGCAUCAGGCUCAGCAGCUGGCUCCCCAGUCCCAGCCACAGCCCCAGACCUCGCAGCAGCAGCAGCAGCAGCAGGGGCCGCUGGGUCCAGAGAUGGGUCCCCUGCACGGGCCCCCGGCUCCCGGUCCCGGUCCGCAAGGUCCAGGCCACCAGGACGGUCCGGGCUGCCUGCCGCACCCGCGCGCCGGGGACUUCCUGGGCGAGGCCAUGGGGAACGAGCUGUUCAACUGCCGCCGCUUCAUCAACCCCCAGCACCACCAUCACCACCACCACCACCAUCACCACCACCACCAUCACGAGGGUCACGUGAUGGAGGACAUGCUGAGCGCGGACGACGUGAGCUGCAGCAGCUCGCAGGUGAGCGCCAAGUCGGAGAAGAACAUGGCGGACUUUGACGGCGAGGAGUCGGGCUGCGAGGAGGAGCUGGUGCAGAUCAACUCGCACGCCGAGCUCAGCUCACACCUGCAGCAGCACCUGCCCAACCUGGCCUCCAUCUACCACGAGCACCUGGUGCAAGGCCCUUCCGUUCACAAGCACCAGUAUUCCAGCCAUGCUGUCACCGAUAUCAACCUGGACAACGUGUGCAAGAAAGGCAACACUCUGCUGUGGGACCUGGUGCAGGACGAAGAUGCGAUCCACCUAUCAGAGGGCCUGAUUGGCGAGGCGGAGAAGUUGCUGUGUUCGCUGGUGUGCUGGUUCACCGACCGUCAGAUCCGCAUGCGCUUCAUCGAGGGCUGCCUGGAGAACCUCGCCAACCACCGGUCGGUGGUGGUCUCCUUGCGUCUGCUGCCCAAGCUGUUUGGGACCUUUCAACAGUUCGGCUCCAGCUACGACACCCACUGGAUCACCAUGUGGGCGGAGAAGGAGCUGCACAUGAUGAAGUUGUUCUUUGAGAACCUGCUGCACUACAUCCAGGAAGUGAGGGAGAAACGGCACAAGUUUGCUCUGUACAGCCACAGUGCGGAGGUGCAGGUGCGUCUGCAGUUCCUCACCUGUGUGUUCUCCACACUGGGCUCCCCAGACCACUUCAGGCUGAGUCUGGAGCAGGUGGACAUCCUGUGGCACUGUCUGGUGGAGGACUCUGAGUGCUACGACGACGCCCUCCACUGGUUCCUCAACCAGGUGCGCAGCAAAGACCAGCACGCCAUGGGCAUGGAGACCUACAAGCACCUCUUCCUGGAGAAGAUGCCCAAGCUGAAGCCAGAGACCAUCAGCAUGACUGGUCUAAACCUGUUCCAGCACCUGUGCAAUCUGGCCCGCCUGGCCACCAGCACCUACGACAGCGGCCCCAACUGCGAGCUGUGUGGAAUGGACCAGCUGUGGGGUAUCGCCUUGAGAGCCCAGUCUGCGGACAUUAGCCGCGCCGCCAUCCAGUACAUCAACUCCUACUACAUCAACGGUAAGGCUGGGCUGGAGAAGGAGCAGGAGUUCAUCAGUAAGUGCAUGGAGUCUCUGCUUAUGGCCUCGGCCAACCUGGAGAAGGACGCCCAGUCCAGCCUCACAGUCAUCGAGAGGGGCCUGCUCAUGCUCAAGACUCACCUGGAGGCCUUCAGACGCAGGUUUGCAUACCACCUGAGGCAGUGGCAGAUCGAGGGCACCGGCAUCUCCAGCCACCUGAAGGCCCUGAGCGAGAAGCAGUCGCUGCCGCUCCGCAUCGUGUGCCAGCCCGCCGGUCUGCCCGAUAAGGUAUGCCGACGGCCUCACCUUCGUCCUCGCUCCUCCUCCUCCUCUUCCUCCCUGAUGUGUGGUUGUGUCUUUCUCGGCCUUGUCCAGGGCACCAACCUCAUCCAGCGCCUCAUCAAUGUAACAUACACGUAUGACAACUUGGCUCACAGGGUUCUGAAGGCUCAAUCUGAUCACAGAUCACGUCACGAAGUGACUCACUACUCCAUGUGGUUGCUGGUGAGCUGGGCUCACUGCUGCUCCACGGUCAAGUCCAGCCUGGCCGACAGUGACCACCUGCACGACUGGCUCAAGAAGCUGACGCUGCUCAUCCCCGAGGCUGCGGUGCGGCACGAGGCGUGUAAUGGCCUCUAUAAGCUCUCUCUCUGUGGGCUGGAGGGGGGUGAGAGCAUCAACAGGUCCUUCCUGCUGCUCGCCGCCUCCACGCUGCUCAAGUUCCUGCCCGACGCACAGGCACUCAAGCCACUCAAGGUGGAGGACUAUGAGGAGGAGCCCUUGCUGAGGACGGGCUGCAAGGAGUACUUUUGGCUGCUGUGCAAACUCAUCGACAACAUCCACGUCAAGGAUGCCAGCCAGACGACUUUGUUGGACCUUGAUGCUUUGGCCAGGCACCUUGCGGACUGCAUUCGCAGCCGUGAGAUCCUGGACCAGCAGGACGGCGCGGUGGAGGACGACGGCCUGACCGGGCUGCUGCGGCUGGCCACCAGCGUGCUCAAGCACAAGCCGCCGUUCAAGUUCUCGCGCGAGGGCCAGGAGUUCCUGCGCGACACGCAUGACCUGCUCUUCCUGCUGCCCAGCCUCAAGGACCGGCGGCAGCCCAAGUGCAAGUCGCACGCCGCCCGCGCCGCCGCCUACGACCUGCUGGUGGAGAUGGUCAAGGGCUCGCUGGACAACUACCGGCUGCUGCACAACUGGGUCAUGUCUCAGCACAUGCAGGCCUCUCACGCCCCCUAUAAGUGGGACUACUGGCCCCAUGACGACGUGCGGGCGGAGUGCCGCUUCGUGGGCCUCACCAACCUGGGCGCCACCUGCUACCUGGCCUCCACCAUCCAGCAGCUCUACAUGAUCCCCGAGGCCCGGCAAGCCGUCUUCACUGCCAAGUACUCUGAGGAGAUCAAGCACAAGACCACCUUACUGGAGCUUCAGAAGAUGUUCACCUAUCUCAUGGAGAGCGAGAGGAAGGCCUAUAACCCGCGGCCAUUCUGUAAGACCUACACCAUGGACAAACAGCCCCUCAACACGGGCGAGCAGAAAGACAUGACCGAGUUCUUCACCGACCUCAUCACCAAGAUCGAGGAGAUGUCGCAGGACUUGAAAAACACAGUGAAGACACUUUUUGGUGGGGUCAUCACAAACAAUGUGGUGUCAUUGGAUUGUGACCAUGUGAGUCAGACGGCAGAGGAGUUCUACACAGUCAGGUGUCAGGUGGCCGACAUGAAGAACAUCUAUGAGUCUCUGGAUGAGGUGACCAUCAAGGACACACUGGAGGGGGACAACAUGUACACCUGCUCCCAGUGCGGCAAGAAAGUCAGGGCGGAGAAGAGGGCGUGCUUCAAGAAGCUCCCGCGCAUCCUGAGCUUCAACACCAUGCGCUACACCUUCAACAUGGUCACCAUGAUGAAGGAAAAGGUCAACACACAUUUCUCCUUCCCGCUGCGCCUGGACAUGACGCCCUACACCGAGGACUUCCUCAUGGCCAAGGGGGACAGGAAGGAAGGUUUCCGUGACGACGGUGAGGCGAAGGCGACGGAGAGCUACGAGUACGAUCUGAUUGGCGUGACUGUGCACACGGGCACGGCGGAUGGCGGCCAUUACUACAGCUUCAUCAGGGACAUCAUCAACCCCCACGCCUACAAAAACAACAAGUGGUAUCUGUUUAACGACGCAGAGGUGAAGCCCUUUGACUCGGCCCAGCUGGCGUCGGAAUGUUUCGGUGGGGAGAUGACGACAAAAACAUACGACUCAGUCACUGACAAGUUCAUGGAUUUCUCCUUUGAAAAGACCCAUAGUGCCUAUAUGUUAUUUUAUAAGCGAGUGGAGCCGGAAGAGGAGUACGGGAAGGACUUUAAUUUUGACGUCUCUCCCGACCUGCUGGAGUGGAUCUGGCAUGACAACAUGCAGUUUCUCCAGGACAAGAAUAUUUUUGAGCACACUUACUUUGGGUUUAUGUGGCAGCUGUGCAGCAGCAUCCCCAGCACUUUACCGGACCCCAAAGCCAUCUCUCUCAUGACCGCUAAGCUCAGCACUUCGUUUGUGUUGGAGACUUUUAUCCACUCCAAAGAGAAGCCUACCAUGCUGCAGUGGAUUGAGCUCUUAACCAAACAGUUUAACAACAGCCAGGCGGCCUGUGAGUGGUUCCUGGAUCGGAUGGCUGAUGACAACUGGUGGCCAAUGCAGAUUCUCAUCAAAUGUCCCAAUCAGAUUGUACGGCAGAUGUUCCAGCGGCUUUGUAUUCACGUCAUCCAGAGACUGCGGCCUGUCCAUGCCCACCUCUAUCUGCAGCCUGGCAUGGAGGACGGCUCGGACGAUAUGGACGGUCCAGUGGAGGACAUCGGUAGUCGGUCGUGUGUGACACGCUUCGUGAAGACGCUGCUGUCCAUCAUGGAGCAUGGUGUGAAGCCGCACAGCAAACACCUGACCGAGUACUUCGCCUUUCUCUACGAGUUCGCCAAGAUGGGCGAGGAGGAGAGUCAGUUUCUCCUGUCUCUUCAAGCCAUCUCCAUUAUGGUGCAUUUCUACAUGGGCACUAAGGGCCCUGAGAAUCCGCAGGUGGAAGUGCUGUCGGAGGAGGAAGGCGAGGAGGAGGAUGAGGAAGAGGACAUUCUGUCUCUGGCUGAGGAGAAGUAUCGCCCGGCGGCACUGGAGAAGAUGAUUGCACUCAUCGCCCUGCUGGUGGAGCAGUCCCGCUCUGAGAGGCACCUGACGCUGUCUCAGAGCGACAUGGCUGCGCUGACGGGAGGGAAAGGAUUCCCCUUCCUCUUCCAGCACAUCCGCGACGGCAUCAACAUCCGCCAGACCUGCAACCUCAUCUUCAGCCUCUGCCGCUACAACAACCGCCUCGCUGAACACAUCGUCUCUAUGCUCUUCACUUCUAUUGCCAAGCUCACUCCAGAGGCGGCAAACCCCUUCUUUAAGCUGUUGACCAUGCUGAUGGAGUUUGCUGGGGGUCCUCCCGGCAUGCCCUCGUUCGCCUCCUACAUUCUGCAGCGGAUCUGGGAGGUGAUUGAGUACAACCCGUCUCAGUGUCUGGACUGGCUGGCGGUGCAGACGCCACGGAACAAGAUGGCCCACAGCUGGGUGCUGCAGAACAUGGAGAACUGGGUCGAGCGCUUCCUGCUGGCCCAUAACUACCCUCGCGUCCGCUCAGCGGCGGCGUACCUACUGGUGUCGCUCAUCCCCAGCAACUCGUUCCGGCAGAUGUUCCGCACCACGCGCUCGCUGCACCUGCCCACGCGCGACCUGCCGCUGAGCCCGGACACGGCGGCGGUGCUGCACCAGGUGUACCAGCUGCUGCUGGGCCUGCUGGGCCGCGCCAAGCUCUACGUGGACGUGGCCGUGCACGGCACCACCAAGCUGGUGCAGUACUUCAGCUUCCUCACCUACUGCCUCAUCUCCAAGACCGAGAAGCUCAUGUUCUCCAGCUACUUCAUGGACCUGUGGAACCUCUUCCAGCCCAAACUGUCUGAGCCUGCCAUCGCCACCAACCACAACAAGCAGGCGCUGCUGUCCUUCUGGUACAACGCCUGUGUGGACUGCCCAGAGAACGUGCGCCUGAUCGUCCAGAACCCGGCCGUCACCAAGAACAUCGCCUUCAACUACAUUCUGGCGGACCACGACGACCAGGAGGUGGUGCUGUUCAACCGCGGCAUGCUGCCUGCCUACUACGGCAUCCUGCGCCUGUGCUGCGAGCCUUCGGCCGCCUUCACGCGCCAGCUGGCCUCGCACCAGAACAUCCAGUGGGCCUUCAAGAACCUCACGCCGCACGCCAGCCAGUACCCCGGGGUGGGUGUCUUGUUUAACUUGAUGCAGCUGUUUGUGGCCCAGCGGCCGGACAUGCGUGACGAGGAGCUGGAGGACAUCAAGCAGUUCAAGAAGACCACCAUCAGCUGCUACCUGCGGUGCCUGGACGGACGCUCCUGUUGGACUACGCUCAUCAGGUGUGCACACACACACACGGAAACUAUCAGCUGCUGCGCACACACACACACACACACACACACACACGGAAACUAUCAGCUGCUGCACACUAGAGGUACGGGAGUAAAUUUCACUGUUGUCAAGUUACUAUUUGAUGCCAAGUUAAUAAUCUCCUUUCUUUCUUUCUUUCUUUCUUUCUCUCUUUCUCUCUUUCCCACAGACGUGCUGAAGGAGCUGGUGCUUCUUAGCCCUCAUGACUUCCUUCUCACCCUCGUCCCUUUCCUGCAGCACAACCACUGCACCUAUCACCACAGCAAUAUCCCCAUGUCUUUUGGGCCGUAUCUGCCCUGCAGAGAGAACAUGAAGCUGAUGGGAGGAAAGAACAACAUCAGACCCCCCCGACCCGAACUCAACAUGUGCCUACUGCCCUCUAUGGUGGAAACCAGGCAAGGUGGUAAAGAUGAAGUUUACGACAGGAUGCUUCUGGACUACUUCCUCUCCUACCACCAGUUUAUCCACCUGCUGUGUCGUGUGGCCAUCAACUGCGAGAAGUUCACAGAGACGUUGGUCAAACUGAGUGUGUUGAUCGCAUAUGAAGGGUUACCUCUCCACCUGGCUCUCUUCCCCAAGCUGUGGACUGAACUCGCUCAGUCCCAGUCGGCGCUGGCUAAGACGUGUGUGAAGUUGCUGUGUGAGGACCCUGCGUUUGGCGAGUACCUCAAGUGCAUCCUGGUGGACGAGCGGACCUUCCUCAACAACAACAUGGCCUACUCCUUCCUCUCCUGUUUUCUGCACAAGGUUCAGUCCCAGGUGCUGUCUGGUCCAAGCUGCUCCAACCUCAUCAACAUCCUGGUCACCAACCUGCUCAACGAGUACCACAGCCUGCAGCCCGAACUGGCCAAUCACAGACCAGAAAUCAGCAAGACCAGCGGCCUGCUCAACUCUGAGCUGCGGGCGCUGGUGCUGAUGCUGGCGGUCCACUCCCCCCAGCAGCUGGAGCCGGCGCUGGGCCCUGCCCUGCAGGAGCUGCUGACCACGUGCCGCGCCUGUCUGCAGCACCGCACCGCCCUGCUGGAGCUGGAGGCCAAGGAGCGCAAGAGCAAAGCGGACGAUGAGGGGGCGACCCCUGUGAAGCGGCGGCGGGUCAGCAGCGGAGAUGACCACCCGGGCGAGGGCACCAGCUCUUCCAUGCCCUCCGGCUGCCCGUCCACCUCUGCCACCGCAGCCUCCUCCUCCUCCUCCUCCGCCGCCUCUUCCUCAUUGGCUCCCGGCGCCGAGACGAAGGCGGAGCCGGCGGAGGUCCCGCCCCGCUCGCCCGGCAGCCCCUCGGACACGGAGACGCGCGACUCGUCGCUCAUCGACCCGGGCACGGAGCACGAGCCGCCCUCGCCGGACGGCGCCUCGCCCAAGGAGGAGAAGAUGGACGCGCCGCUGCAGUCCUCCUCGUCCUCUUCCUCCUCCUCCUCCUCGUCUUCGUCGUCCUCGUCCUCCUCGCUGCCCGAGGGCUUCGGGGCGCAGGACGAGCCCAUGGUGCAGCAGCAGCAGACGGCCGCGACUGGUCCCAGAACAGUGGAACUCAGAGGAGGAGGAGGAGGGGGGGAGAGAGAUGAAGAAGGGAUGGAAGAGGAGCAGCGGAGGAAGGACGUAGCAAUGAGGGACGAGGGAGCGAAGGAGGAGACAGAGGACGGCUGCAAGACUCUAGGAGGCGGCGUUGACGCCGCCGCUGCCACAACAAUGGCCUCCGUUGCUACCGCAAGCGCAGCCUCUUCCUCCUCUUCGUCCUCCUCUUCCUCGGCGUCCCAAGACGACGCGGCGCUGCUGUUGUCGGGCCCGUCGGAGGCGGCGGCAGCAGCGGCGACUGCGGCGGCUGCGCUGUGGGGUCCGGGGAGCGGGGGCCCGACGGACGCGCUGGACACACUCUACCGGACCGUGGAGGCCGCCAUCGCCGCUGUGGCCAAGGCGAGCGCCACCACCAAGGGAGCCCCGCCGCAGUCAUCUCCCUCGUGAUGUCACUUCCUCUGUUGUACUUCGCCGCCCAGGCCCACUCGCUUUCUUCCCGCACAAGACAAAACAGAGUGGACACUUGGAGUCCUUAAGCAAGGGCCGUCUAAUCAACAUUUCAGUUGCGCAUGCUUGACUUACAACCCCCUUCCUUCAUCCCUGAAAGGCAGUGAUCUGCAACUCAACCCUAAUCCUGUCAUUUUGCUUGCCCUCCCCCCCCACCCCCUCACUUGUUUUAUUUACCCCAACUGGUUUUGUUUUUUGUGGACUAAAGCCCCCCCCCCCUGUAGGAGUUUGCUGACGGAGAUCUUGAUUGACCUUGGGUCGCUGAACUUGCCUCUCUGCCAGCAGACGAAAAAAAAGGAGACUGGUCAGGCCCUGUGCUCCGUGGCCCUCUUUUGGAAGGGGGGGGGUCAGAAGAGUUCUGACGUGUACACACACACACACACACACACACACACACACACACACACACACGCGCGUUCAUUUCCAAAGCCGCCUGAGGGGAAAACGAAAAGAAACAAACAAC